AUGGACGAAGCAGGCCUUUUAUGGAAAACUAUUCCUUCGAAAAGCCUUAUAACAGAUACUGAAAGUAAAUUGGAAGGCAGAAAAUUAAAAAAGGAUAGGGUGUCCAUUGGUUUGUGUAGUAAUGCAACUGGCACCCAUAAAUUGGCCCCGAUUUUUAUCCACAAAUUUCAAAAUCCACGAGCUUUGAAAAACUGCAGAAAUUUGCCAGUGGUUUACAAAUCACAGCGUCAAGCGUGGAUGACGCAAGAAAUUUUUAAUUCCUGGUACGAGGAGUAUUUUAAACCUAGCGUUGAAAUGUACAAAACAGAAAGCGGUAUGUUAGGUAAAGUCGUUCUGUUGGUGGACAACUGCUCCAGCCAUAAAACUAUGACACCCCAAGUACAUGAAAAUUUUGAAAUUAUUUAUCUACCCCCCAAUACGACAUCCCUGAUACAACCCAUGGACCAAGGCGUUAUUGCCAAAUUUAAAACAACCUACAGACAUAAGAUGUUACGCCGAGUUUUGCAAUAUGAGCAAGGAAUACAGGAGUUUUAUUGUAAAUUUAAUAUUAAAGACUGCAUAAAUUUAGUGGCGGAAUCAUGGACGGAUAUUACAUCUGCCAAUCUGCAAGCCAGUUGGAAUAAACUUUUCUGCAGGGAAUCCGAACAAAUUGAUAUAUGCAAUACUUCCAUACACUCCGAAAUGACGGACAUUAUUAAUGCUCUCACGGGCGAAAAUAAUGACAGCGAAGAAUUGAACACCGUACUUACACAUUUGGAGGAACAGGAGGCAAUGAAUUAUGAAGAUGACAGUACGGCGAUGGAAAUAGAAAGAAGUGGAAAUGAAGAAGAAGAAAAAGAGGAAGAACAUGAUGAUACACAACAAAUCCAACCAACUGAAGCAGAGAGAAUUGAAAAAAAGAAGAGGGACUAA